UUCGCGCGCGCCGGGGAUUCCCCCGCUUGACAAAAACAGCUCGUCCACUUCUCCCCUUUCAUUGCUCAUAUGCUCUCCGCCUCGAGCUCAUACCGUGUUACCGGAUAUCUAGUCAGCAGCACUUUUCGCCUAUCUUCGCUUGUUUUUUUUUUUUUAUUUUGUUUUGUUGUUGUUGUUUUUUUUACUAUUUUCACCGCGUCUGAAAAAACCUGCCAUGCUUUAAUUUUUUCUUUCUUUUUUUUUUUUUUUUUUACAUAGGAAAACAAUCUCUCAGUUCUGAGGGUUUGUUACUGCAAGGGGAAGUACUUUAUAUCGGUUAGUGGCAUGAAACUUAGCGGCUCGUUUCUCUGUUCUUACAAAGGAGCGGUGGCAGCCUGUCCGGGUUUCACCACCGAGCAGCCAGCGGCGACAACACCCGCUAGAAAACUGUAAAUCACCCGCGAAGGAAGGCGGCUGCAGCCGGGGUGGAGUGGAGUGGAGUGGAGGGGGGGGAAACCCAGGGAGGCCACCAGAGUUCACCAUGGCGAGCGACGGCUGUAGCAAGGAGGACCCGCUGGAGGACAGCCGCACGGACUCGGGCAUAGACUCCAUACUGAAGUCGGAGGAGCCCCGGGAACCGAGCGGCGACUUCAGCGGGCCGAGGGACAAGUUCUCCACGGCGGACGAGCGCCUGGACUCAGCCUACACGUCCUCGUCCAUCACGGUGGAGAGUCUGUCGGAGAUCGUGGAGGACUGCAGUCUCUCCAGCGCCAAACACGAGCAAGCAGAGAUCUCUGGACUGUCUGAGCAGGAGAGCUUACUCACAACUAUCACAGAAGAUGGAGACACAAUCCUGCACCUAGCGAUCAUCCAUGAGGAUAUAUUCAUCUCUCAGGAGUUGAUAGACCUGUUCCCAAAAGAAGUCCUCGACAUCCAGAACAAUUUAUAUCAGAGUCCACUGCACCUGGCCACCUACCUGAAUCUGACCGACGUGGUGAAGGGCCUGAUGGAGAAAGGGGCCAGCCUGGAGCUACAGGACCAGGACGGGAACACGCCGCUGCACGUGGCCUGCCAACACGGCCAAACGGACUGCGUGACAGAAAUGACCCGGGACCUUCCUCUGAGCUUUCUGGUGCCAGUCCUGCAGACCCAGAAUUGGAGAGGUCUUGCUUGUAUUCACCUGGCGGCACUGAACAAGCAGCAUCACAUCAUGAAUCUCCUCAUGAAAAAGGGAGCCGAUCUUAACAUCCAGGAAGGAACCGCCGGGAAAACGGCCCUUCACCUCGCCGUCGAGCUGCACGACAUCACGUCGGUGAAGAUGCUGCUCAGCAUGGGCGCCAACGUGGACGCGCCCAUGUUUAACGGCUGCACGCCGCUGCACCUCGCCGUGGGCAGACAGGACGCGCAAAUCGCCGACCUCCUCUGCCAGUUCGGCGCCGACAAGAUGCUGCGAAACAUGGAAGACGAGACAGCGCUGGAUCUGGCCGACGGAAACGAUCAUAUUCUGGCCCUGUUUCCAUUUGAUGACAUUCAGAUCUCUGGAAGGUCGGUGGUGACGUUUUGAACAAACUCACAGCCCAAAACAUGGACUAUAACACGCCUGAAUCCAGCUGGAACUUUUGAUUUAAAAAAAAAAAAAAAAAAAAGAGCAAAAAAUCUAUAUUUUUUAACUAAAUGGUUCAUUAAAUAGUGGGUUUAUGUGUAGUUGACUCUAAUAUCUAGUGAGAAAUGUGCACCAUAUUAAUCUGCUCUUCUGACGGGGAAACGGAGCCAUUCUGCUCAAACUGAACUCCGAUUUACAAAAACAGGAUCAGGAUGUGUUGUUCUGUUUCAAAAUGAGUCCCUCUCUGUUUAUCUAAACCAAAUGUGCCAAACUAUCAACCUAACUGCCCCCCCCCCUCCAAAAAAAAAAACGCUACCUCUUCUACAAAUGGAAAUUGCUUUUGCUGCAUUCAUUUUAAAGCCAAUCUGUAAAUUUCUAAAAGCAUGGCCUUUCUUGUUUCGUGUGUAGAAUGCAAUCGUAAGCAGGCAAUAUUGUGGUUUCCUUUUAAAAUAAUUUUUUUUUUUUUUUUUUUUUUUUUUUCCCAAAACUUAUUGCAUCCCUGCUUAUAGCAACAAAAAACGGAUAGCCAGUAUCGAAAAUGUAAUAUAUUAAAAACAAAAUGCAUCUGAUUGUUUCUUUUUUUU